AGUGCGCCACAAAUCCCAGCAGAGAGAGAGAGAGGGAGAGAGAGAGAGAGAGAGAGAGAGAGAGAGAGAGAGAGAGAGAGAGAGAGAGAGAGAGAGAGAGAGAGAGAGAGAGAGAGAGAGAGUGAGAGAGAGAGAGAGAGAGAGAGAGAGAGAGAGAGAGAGAGAGAGAGAGAGAGAGAGGGAGAGAGAGAGGCUGUCGGUCUGCGCUGCGGCUCAACCCAUCACCGGCGGGGGAGGCUGCACCUUCUGCCGAGCACGGACCUGAACCAGCCGGGCUCGCCACCGGAGCCCUCCAUAUGGGCUCACCAUGCGCAGGAUACGGGCCAACGCCAUCGCGAUUCUGACCGUCGCGUGGAUCCUGGGAACGUUUUAUUACCUGUGGCAGGACAACAAGCCCCAGUCGUCGCCUUCGUCGUCGGCGGCGCAGACCCGCGGCAGGGGCCAUGGGCAGAAGGGGGUCUCCGGCCGGCUGGAGAUCCACCGGGACGACAGGACCAUCCCGCUGAUAGUGAGUGAGAGGGGGGGAGGAUAAAGAGAGAGGAAAAAACGAGGGUGCACGGAGAUGGGCGCUGCAUGCGCACGGUGCUGUCGCUUGAGGCGCCGAGCUGCAGGAAAGUGUGUGCUGCAUGUUGAUGUGUGUGAAACCUGGGGUGAUGAUGAGGAUGGUGGUGGUGGAGGAGGUGGAGGAGGAGGUGAUGCACAGCUGGGCUGUCACAGCAGGGAUCUGCUGCUCUCUUCGUCUCGAACACCAACCAUCUCCAUCCUUCUCCUCCUCCUCCUCCUGCUUUAUGCAGCCUGGUCAUUAUUCUACAGGCGCUGUGAUCAGCUGCUGCUUCUGCUGGGUUCCCAUGCCUUUCCGUGCUGUCCUCGAGUCUGUGCGAACCUCGAGGACACGUAAGAGGCUUUCCAUAAGUCCCGUGCGUCGUGCGCAAACGCCUCGUAAACCAUAUCAUGCUGUGAGACCCGUCAGCGGCUGGACAUGAGAGGGGAAAGACACGGAGAGAGACGUCUCCCUUUGCACCCAGUGUGUCAUUAGAAGGCCUGUUUCAGUCAGUCAGUCAGUCAGUCAGUCAGUCAGUCAGUCAGUCAGUCAGUCAGGUCUGUUUCUGCCUGUUGUUACCUGCAUGUAGGGUGGAGUGAUGAAAAUAACCUUUACUGAUGAUUGGAGCUGUAGGUGUGGUGGUCGUCAGGGUUGGUUUGCAGUAUCAUCUUCAGGUUGCUACACAUCAUGCACAGUCUGGACAUGAGAGAGAGAGAGGGAGAAAGGGGGAGGUGGGAGCAGUGAGACUGUGGCUGAGCCCAUGCCACAGCAGAUUAGGAGGUCUGGUUUUCUGAUGCAUUAAGUGUAAAGAGAUACAGACCUGUAGCUUUUGCUUUCAGCCCUGCAGGCAAACAGCGAUUUAAUUCAUUCAUAAAGCCAGCAUGACAGUUUGUGGAGCCAAGUCGUCUCUUCUGAUGCCAUCUGAUGUUUUGCAAAAAUUUCCCCUGAGUGGAUAUUUCGGAUAUGAGAGAGUGGGUUGGUUGCAACAUUUCCGCUUAUAUGUUCCUGGUUUGGAUGAUUCACACACAAGACCGACUUUAAGAAACAACCAGUCUUAAAGCUGGACUUCAACAAGCUUUAAUUUCUGUGUUUAUGAAGAAUAAUGAAAAAUGUCCAGUAUAGCCUCAUGUCUGGUUGUGCAACGUGUGCGUGUGUUGGAAUUACAAACACAGUAUUGAUUUUCAGAGGGGAAUUAGUUCAUGUUACAGCUGCUCCGAUUCUGAAAUAGAAAUGCACAGUAUAGAAGCUGAGGUAUUUUACUCUAGUACAGCCUGACAACAAUAAACACUGAAUGAUAGAGAAUUUAAAAAUAGUUUUAUACUACAACUGUUUAAGUGUCUUAUUGUGUAGUUUCAUUCAACCCAAAAUUUAGAUCAGAUUAACCUGACUGUGAAGUUUGAAGUUUUGUACACUGACUGAUCAUUUCUCUCUGUAAAAGUCCCAAAACUUUCCCCUUUUUAGACAAACUGUAAUGAGCUGCUGUGGCCCCACCCUUUGUGGUUCAUACAAAAGAUCUCUCAGUCAGAUCUCUUCUGGCCUCCUACCAAAUUUGAAUUGGAUUGGAUAAACCCUUUAUGUGGAGUUAUAUCUAGAAGAUAUAACCCACGGGCAAUAUUUUUUUGUAGGAUUGUAGGGGGAUGUCCCACCUCCUUCACCUCUGAUUGGCUAGAAAAGUUGGAAACAUCAUCACACAGUCAGGCGAAACGCGGGCUGUUGGCUCUAACCCUAACCCUAACCCAACAGACAAUGACGUUUCACAGCCGUAGGGAAUAACCAAUUGGGGCCCAGCACUUCUAGCCAAUGAGAGGCAAAGGAGGGCGGGACCUUCCCCUACCAUCUUAAAAAAAAAACAGUCCGCAACCUGCGAAAUUGUCCAAAAUUUGCUAGUUUUUCCAAAAAAAUUCAGCUAGCUAGCUUGGCAAACAACUUCUUUGUGGGCGUUGGCGAGUAUGCUAUUUUUUUUUAUAAUUCAAAGUUUAUUCAUUUUUCAAUGUUGCAACAAAUAAAUGAACAUCAAACAAAACAGAUAUAAUGGAGGUCAAAAAUAGUAAUAAUAAUGGUAAAAUAAAUAAACAAAAGAAAAUAAAUAAAAGAAAAUAAAAACGAUAGGUGGGUAAGUUGGCAAGGCAGGAAAGUUAAUACAUCUGUCUACCAAAACUAUCCCAUUGGCUAGUAUGCCAUUUGAAAGAAACUCUUAGAGUAGCUUAGUCUAUUCUUUCGCUAAUGAUUGCUAGCAAAAAAAUACCUGAAUGGAUAGUAUAGCUGGCUAGCUUGUUGUCGGUUUCGCUAACAAGCUACAGUUUUUAUUUCUACCAUUAACAAACAGUUUAGCAAACUGAAAAAAAAAGCAAUCUCUGCGCCUGUUGAUCAUUUAAUUGUCAUAAUAUCUGACUGCAGUUCCUGAACUGGCCACAUGUGUCACUAAAAACCCAAGUUUUCUGAAAGUCCUCACAGUUUAAAGUUAUUUAGUUCACUUUUUAAGACUAACACGAGGCUGACAGCUUUUACACAUUAGGACAGUUUGAGUCAAAAUCCAUAAAACAGGAAGAUUUCAGAGGUGAAAAAAGAGUCGAGUCUUUGCUGAACAGCGUUUUGUCUGUCCUAAACUGAGCUGACAGACAGAAUUAUUGAGACACAUAAUAGAAGCUCCAGGAGACUGCUGAGAUAACGCAGCACACUGCAGCUUCUUUUACAAAUUUACUCCACUAAUGAAAUGGCCCCAGCUGCGGUCGGGAAUAUGUGCCAACAUGUCAGGAUGUUUCAGAGCAGCAGAAGCAGCUUUUUUUUUUUUUUAAAUGUUGUUCAUAAGAUUUAAUAAUCGAGAGGUAAAUGCCAAACGUUGGAGCUGUCGUGGCCUUUCUGCUCCCAGGCCUGCUUCAGCAUGUAUAUUAUAGAAGGAAAAAAAGAGGAAGCUGUGGUCUGCAUCAGUGUGUGAACUCAGGCCAAGAAUGUGGCUCUGAUCAGAGAUGCAGAGACACUUGGAGAGUUUGAUUGUAGUGAAAGGAAAACAGAGAGAUUUGGUUUUUUAGGUUAAUUCAGUGAAAUGUUACUGCAGACCUCUAAUCAGAUCGCUCUUUGAACCGUAAACGCUGGAUUGAAAGUUUUUUUACCGUUUCGAUCUUUGAUUUGCUCAGAGAGGUCGUUGACCUUUGUCACCAAACUGAGAUUUCUGAGUCGCAGUUUGUUCUGGAAAUCUGACCUGCAGCUCAGCUCAGCUCGGCUCACGGCGCCACAAUGAAAGGUCCAACAGUCAACAAGAACAGACGGAGGCUCAGAGCGAAGAAAAGACCCUUUCUGUUUGUUCUUUCUUUUUUCUCUCUUUUCCUCUGACCUUCUUUUUUCAUCCACUCCUCCUGUAUAUCUGCUACUUCCUUCCUUCCAUCUUCCCUUCCUACCAUUCUUGAGUCCUUUGAACCAUCCUUUCCUCGCUUUUUACUUUGUUCCCACCGUUCUUCUUCUUUCCUUCCUUUUCCUCAUUCCUUUUUCUCCUUCAUUCUUCUACCUUUCCUUCUCUCCUUCUUUCAUUCUUUCUUUUUUCUUUCUUUCUUUCUUUUUUCUUUCAUUCUUUCUAUCUUUCUUUUUCUUUCUUUCUUUUGUCCUUCUCUUUUUUCUUUCUUUCUUUGUCUAUCUUUCUUCUCUGUUUUUUCUCUUUGUCUUUUCUUUCUUCUUUGUUUGUUUCUUUCUUUUUUCCUUUAUUUCUCUUUCUUUCAUUUUCCUUUUUCUUUCUUUCUUCACUUUCUUUUGUCUUUCUCUCUUUUUUCAUUUUUCUAUCUUUCUUUCUUUCUUUCUUUCUUUUCCUACUUUCCUACUUUCACCACCAUACUUUCUUUCCUACUGUCUCUCUUCCUUUUUAUCCAUAAAUUGACCUUUUUAUCCUCUUUUCACUCCUUUUAUUUCAUUCAUUCCUUCACUAUCUUUGCUCUGUCCCCUUUUUCUCUUUCCUUCUAUCCUUCAUGUAAACGUCACUUUCCUUCCUCUCUUUUCCUUCCUCUCUCUUCCUUCCUCUCUCUCCCUUCCCUCUCUUCCUUCCCUCUCUUCCUUCCUCUCUCCCUCCUCUCUCCCCUUCGUUCAUUAGCAGCAUUAAUGUCAUCACCUCUGAAAUCUGUUUCUCCUCUUUCUCUCCCUGAUUUCCUCUGUUGAGUGCCUCUAAUCUCCCAGCACCACUUUCUCUCUCUCUCGUGUGUUUGUGCGAACAGAGUCACGAUGUCCACAACAAUCAGCCUCUCCUCCUUCUUCUUCUCUGACCUGCACAUGUGCUGUCACGACCGUAAACAUCAGCGGCGGCGGCCAUGUUGUAAACAUCUGACCACAUGAUUCUCAUCCAGUUUGUCAUGUCGUCUUUAUCCUCUCAUGAGAUUUCAGAGACGGAUUAUCAUAAAUUACCGUCCUGAUGGUGUAAGUGCUCCGACUUCUUCUGACUAACCAGGGAACAAUUUCAGUAUUUGUCAUGUGACCGUAUAAACACUGCGAGAGAACUGGGUUAAUGUGCCGUUAACAAACGCAUGUGAAUAAGGAUUUGCCACGUUUUCCAGCCUCCGCCCGAACUGCACACUUCACUUUCUUCAUCCACCCAUCCUAGUUGGUUUCCCCUGAAAAAGUCAUAGUCUGGAUGGCAGCAGAUGUUGCUCCUAAACCUGUAGAUGUUGUUUAAACCUGAGGAUGCAGCAUCUACGAUUUUCAGUUCUUCGUUGAAAGGUGAAACGUCUCAAGUAAGUCCAGUUGUCCUUUCCAAAAGCGUGUUAGAUUUUGAUUCAUCAGACCUCGAGUGAUUUUAAGGCCAUGCGGUGACUCCAACUACAGAGUCCUGAUGCUUCUAAACCUGUAGAUAUUGUUCAUCAUUAAUGGAGCCUUCACAGUUGUAGAAGAUACCCAUGACAUGGACUCUACAGAUCCCCAAACCAUCAAGGAUGCUGGAUUUGACAACAAACCAGAUGGUCAUCUUUAGGGCGUCCAAAGAGACUGUCAAAUCCUGAAUCUUUAGACCACGUUUAUACAUGAUUUCCUCUUUGCAUGUUGCAUUUGUGGGUGCAACAACAAGAUGGUAGUUUUCAAGCCUAUGCAGUGACUCCCACUGCAGAGUGAAAAUACGAAAACAAACACUGAUCUUUUACUUUUUGGUCAUAUAGAAAAACAAAUAAACAAAAUAUUGACUCAUUUUUUCGUCUUUCGUUUACUAGAUUGAAUGUAAUAAUCGAAUGGACGGAUAAUACAUGGACCUCAUAUACAUGUUUGAUCUUGUUCUUGUGCUUCAGCUGAUCGUCUGUUCAUCAGCCAAUCAGAAAUCACAAAUGAAUCCACUUACACACUGAAUCUUAACGCGUGUUUACAUGUAGUUAGAUGACGAACGGCGCUCAAACCCGUCACUCUGACACGCUGUGUGUUCUCGUUCUGUCAUCGCAGACUCAGGGUCGCAGCGGGGGCUUCGUCUCCAGCCAAUCCGGCAGAUUUGACUUGUUUGUGAUCAGUCUUUUUCAUCGGACUUGAAAGAGCCAGCAGACGUGUUCAUCUCCCAGACAGGCUUCAUAUUUAAUUCAGCGGACCGAGCCGCAGAGUGCCUUCUGUUAUUUUUGUCUUACUGUCCUCAGAGAAGCUUUUUUACAGCCUUUAAUACUCCGUCUGGAUGAUACUUGUGGAUGAGAGCGGGGAGUGAAACCUCUAAUGCUUCGACGUUAAGUGGCUCCGAUUAAAUGAAGGUUACAGAGGAGGAAACGCUUUAUUUGUGGGGACUGUUGACGAGUUUCUAAUGCUAGAUGACAGUUUUCCUGCUGAGCUUUUGCAACAUCCUGUUAAAGUUCACAUCUGUCACUUCAGACCUCUGUGUGUCUCUCAGAUUCACCGCUCUGAUUUCAUCGUUUUUUUUUGGCGGUUCUCGAUAUUUUAUGAACGAGGCCAAUGUCAGAUUCCAGCGUAAGAUGAUAACAGUCCUCGAAAGACCCUCAGGAUAUAAAGAAAACAUUAAAACUGUUGCAUGAACGUAAACAGCUGAGAUCAGUGUUUACAGCUUCACUGAGAGGAGGAGGAGGAGGAGAAAUUGGGGAUUGAUGGACGCUACUUUUGUGGUCAUGGCCAGAUGGAGACAAAUUGACCAAUCAUCCGAACUUUCAACUGUCCAGAACUGGAUUUUACUGUUAACAUGUGCAAUUAAAUUACACAACUUCCUGUUUAUGUAAUCUUUGACUACAGAUCAAAUCAGAGGUUUAGUUAUUUCACAUCAUAACUUUUCAUUUUAGUCUAUUUUCACUGAACGUUUGACCUUUUCUACUUGGACUAUUGCUGGAGUUAUUGUAGGGCUGGGCGAUAAAACGAAAAUUUACCAGUACGGUAUAUUCGAUGCCCAUAUCAGUAUAUUCGGUGUCAAAAAAUAAAUAAAAGUUGGUUUUGGAUAUGUGUAGGUAGGCUAUGGUCUCAUGUCCCUUUGACCCCCAAUUUUCCCUGCAACCGGAACGGCUCCUAUCUGGAACGGCAGCGAUUUUCACCAUCCGCCAAUUCCUAUGGGAUCCAUUGGUGAGGCGAAUUCCGUGGCGUGAUAGCGAGUUGUCUCUUCAGCCACAUAACCAUAUAAGCAGUAGAUUGUGUCUUUCCAGAGGAGAGAAUCCACUUCUAGACUUCUAGAAUCAGCAUCUCCUCAUCCAAGGUGUCAUUGAGGUGAAAUGACGUCUAAAAACCUUUCACUUGUUCGUUUCCACCCAUUUGCAUGGUGUGAAAUACGAUCCUCCUGACAUAAAAGUGUUUUAUUAUGAAAAGAAGCCGGAUGUUUUAUUUUGUGUCUUUGCCUGACUUCCUUUCCAGCACGGGUUAAUCUGUGCUGAAUUUAUCCAGCAUGCUCUGGUGUCCGGAAAAAAUACUACUCUUGCAAUCAGCUGUGGAGUCCGGCGAUCCGCAGAGGAACGGAAAGAAGCCGGUGGAAAUUGACACGUUAACUUGAAUGGUUACGAUCAGCAAGGAUCGGUGGGUACGGGGGUCAGACGCUGUCCCACGUCAGAGACGUGACUCUACCCCAUCCAGUCUGUAACAAAGAGGGAAAGACAGGUGAGGAGAUGGAGGACGGUUCAAAAGUUGCAGCGGCUGAAGUAGACGAAGUUAAUGUGGGAGGGGGUGAGCAGCUUGAGGAGUAGUUAUCGUCUAUUUAGCGUUAUCAAGGUGAACUGAUCAAUAUAUCAUGAUGUUGAUUUGAGGCCAUAUCGCCUAGCACUAUAAAAGUGUAUUAUUUUUUGUUUUUUACCGCUUGUUUUGCACUGAGUUUCCGAAAAGUAGAUACAUAAAACACAACUUCAUUCAUAUGUGAAGGAUAAAAAUGACAGAUAAGGAAUCCUGACUUUGAGAUAUCAGUAAAAAUGAGAUUCUGGACCCUUAUGAGACCUGAGAAACUGUUCAGGGGUCUUUGAUGAGAAAUCAGAGUUUGUGGAGAAGGGGAGGAAUCUUAACCUGCUAAAGCUCAAACUAUCAUGAGUAUCCGCUCAUUAUUUAACAGGAAGUCUGCAUUUGAAGUUUGGUUCACAUUUUAAUCAAAGUGAGACUUAAAUCAUAGAAUCAUGAGCCGCAGAGGAUCCUGUUCAGGACACGACAAUCAACCUCUGCAGACGGGGUCAGCAGCUAUCCCACAUGAUUCAGCUCAUUUUAAGAAACUCGAACCCAAAUUUAAUCCUCCUCUCAGGUCUGUGAAGUCCUGAUGAGCAGACUCAGUGUGUAUUUUAAUAAGGUAAACAUGAUGCAGAGCGUACAGGUUAUAAAGGAUCACACAGUGUUGUUGUCCGUCUGUAACUGAGUCGUCCUGCAGAGAGGUCCGUCUGUGUGUAAACGUGUCCUGCUGCUUCUCUUUAGAGACUGGAAAUGAGGUCACUCUCACCUGAACCUGGUCUGGAGCUUCUUCUAAAUCCUCAAAUAUAGCAGCCAAGAACAAAACCCGCUGCUCUCUCUCUCUGUCUCUCACUCUCUUCUCCGUCUGUCCAUUUUCGUUGUUGCUUUUCAUCGUCGGGGGAGUACUCUUAUCUGCUUAUUAUGCAUUCAUUAGCUGUUUUAACCUCCCACUCAGCCGCAGGGGAAACCCUUUAAUUACAGAGGAUUUAUAGAGUGUGUGUUCAGGUUUCAUUCCACUUUGCUCCGUCUCUUCGAAAUGAAAGUAUCAUAUUGGUUUUAAUCAUUCAGAUGAGACUCGGGAGUGCAGCAGCAGCAGGAGCGGCUUUUACUCUGUUGCAGCAGGAUUGCAGGGUGCAGGACUUGUUUAACAGGACUUGACGCACACUGCGGUGGAUUCAGAGAUGGAGAAACGCCGUCAGCACACCAGCGGUCUCCUCUCUGUGCAGAUGUGGCGGUGAAUGUGACGGACGUGGAGGCGGUGAGGGAGCGGAGUGUUGACACCAGAAACAACUGGAGCUGCUGUGUGAGCUCCUCUGUGUGUUUACAUGAACAACAUGUUUGUAUGUCAGUGAAAGACUGCAGCACCUUCAGAUUUUAAUCAUUCACCUGACUGAGUUGGCAACAGAAGUCCCGCCUCCUCCUGAUCCUGAUUGGUCAGCAGUGUUGCACCACUUUUUAAGACCUCAAACAUGCCUCAUUUUCUGACGUAAAGUAGUUGAAAAAAAAUGAACCGUUGAGGCAGAUUUGAGAAAAGCAUCCCACCCCCCCAAACACAAACCUCUCCCCUCUGUGCUCCAUGAUAACUCCCCCUGAACCUGUAUCAUCCGGCCAACAGAAGAUCCCACGCUAGCUUCAAACAGGAUUCACCAUGUCUGAUUGUUAGCUACUAGUGGCUGUAAACGCCAGCUCUGCUAGCGAGCGCCGUCUGCAGCUGCCUGGACAGCUACCGUGUUGACAUGUCAGAGACUAAUCAGAGUUAUUUAUGUAACAUGAGCCACGAUAAAAGACGAUAAAAAUGACCUGUUCAACAAAAACUCUGCUGUCUCGGCGUCUGUCUGCACCGCUCGAAGGAUGACCCGAUGUUUACUCAAGUUAGAUUCCUUGCAGAAGUUUUUUUUUUUUCGUUUUUUUUUUUCGUUCUUCUCCAUCACAGCUCCUGUAGCUAAGCUGCUAUGCUGCUUUUAGCCGCUCAGAGCUCUGAGGAGGGCCAGGAGAGUGGGAGGGGACGAGUAGGAACUACGGGAGAGGGGUGUGUCGAAUACAGCAAGGUGAUUGGAUGGAGAGGUGGAGCAGGAUAUUGACCAAUAGGAGCUGUCCAAUUUUUUUUGGAGGAUGGUAGCCUCUGAUUGGCUAGAAGUGCUGGGCUCCGAUUGGUUAUUCCUUAUGGCUGUGAAACAUCAUCGUCUGUCUUGUUUGUUGGUUAGGAGAUUCAGAAGUGCGAUAACGUUCUGUUCGAUGUAUAGAGCCGACAGCUUGGCUUGAGCGCGUGAUGACAUUUCCAGCUUUUCUAGCCAAUCAGAGCCGAAGGAGGCGGGACUUUCCCCUACCAUUCUACAAAAAAAAUCUGCGUCCGGGUCAGAUGGCUCCCAUUGGUCAAUGUUUUUGCAGCCCUGCACCUGUAGGGUGAACAGAUUUUCUCCAUUAUUUCUUCUCUUCACUUUUUGGAAAUUGCACUAUAUGACCAUGAUCGCCAUAGAAACGAGGUUCAUAAUAAUGACCAAUCUCCUCAAUCGUCAACCAUGCCUUUAAGUUUCCUUCUUGUGGUGACAGGUGUGUUUUGUGUCAUCUGUAGGUGACCCAGCCCCCGCGGCCGGAGGUUCAGGGCCAGCUGUUGGGUUCCUUCGAUGAGAAAACCUACCUGGCGGCGAAGCAGCUAAAACCCGGGGAUGAUCCGUACAGAGAGCACGCCUUCAACCAGCAGGAGAGCGACCGGCUGGGCAGCGAGCGGGCCAUCAGAGAUACCCGACACUACAGGUGAGCGGGGUCACCUGAGUCCAGAUGAUGAUCCACGAAAUCAGAUCCAGGAUUAAUCUUUUUUUAGCUGCGUGUAGAUUGAGGAUUUUAAAAUCUGUUCUUGCGCUCAAAUGUGGUUCAAGGGUCAGGAGGGGAGAUUACAUGAGGAGGUCUUAACCUGGUUGUCCUGACUCCUGGGUUCACGCUCAGCUGGAGCUCUCAGACACAGACUGGAGGCUUAGAGAAGAGCAGGAAACAUCUGAGGAGGCGUGUCAGGAGGGACAGAAAAUGUGUUGUUUUAGCACAAAAAAUGACAUCAGAAGCCCCGCCCCUUCUUGAUAUCGAUUGGUCAAAGGAGGCAGCAGUUCCACCUGCACAGAUUCGUGUAGAAAAUAUGAAACAAGCUAAAAACAGUAUAGACUUUAAAGAAAAUCACAACUCCAGGUCAAAUAAAAGGAAAUUUACUCACUGAGAUGAAGCUUCUCAGACAGAGCUGAACCUUGGAUGAAGAAAAUCGUGUUCAGCUGAAGUUUCUGUGAUUAAAAGUGAAGAAUUCAACUCCUAGGAUGAAAACAACCUCGUGUUUGAUUCACUGAAACAGAAAUUCAUUGACGUACGUCUUAUUUUGCUCAUUCUAAGAGAUUUUCCAUCAGUUUCAUUUAUUUUCUCGUUAGCCUUUCUUCUUUUUUAUUUCAUUUGUUUAUCUGUGAUCACUUUCUCACACUGUUCUUCUUCAGCAGGAUUAAUGUUGAAAGUUUCUCUACAUGGUGCAGAAAAUGUUAAAAUAGAAAACCAACAGAUAUUGUGCGAGUAGGCAGACAUAGAAAUGUGAGUUAUAGCUAGUACGCACUCUUUGUUUUCUUGCAUUUGAUAUCACCAACAAGGAAGUUGCACAUUUCAUAUUUUGCGCAGACUGUGCGGACCGAACUUUUUAUCAAUCUGGAUGCAAGAUAGGAUUUGAAAUGUGUUUUUUUAAUAUAUUUUUUAUUCUGUUAAAUUUCUUUUUUACCAGAUAAAAUAAAGAAAGUGAUUGAGUGAGAUGAUCUGAUUCACUGAUGUAAAGUCUGCGUCUCCAUGUCUGCUAAAAAGCUCCGAACAACAGGUAGCUGUUUAAAGCACAGGGUCAGGAAUAUGUGCUACGGUUGCCCGGCAACCGGAUAUUUCCGUGUCACUACGGCAACAAUGCAGAAGCAACUCCACAGGGCAACGCGGAGAAUGAGAGUGUUUAGGGAUUAGGUCUGUCCGUCAGCUUCAUAAUAAAAGGAAAGAGAGUGAAACCUGCUCUGACUGCAGGAUGAUCUCCUCCCUCCCUCUCUCUCUCUCUCUCUCUCUCUGUCUCUCCCUCUCUCUCUCUCUCUGCAGGUGUGCGUCUCUGAAUUAUGACACCGACCUCCCCUCCACCAGCGUCAUCAUCACUUUCCACAACGAGGCUCGCUCCACGCUCCUCCGAACCAUCAAAAGGUAAUGAGGUCAAACACAGGUGACCCGCUCGGACAGCAGCUCCGCCGUCGACUUAUCCCUCCGUAAAUCUCUCUCUCUCUCUCGUUUCCUCACCAGCGCCCUGACGAGGAGUCCUCCAUCCCUGAUCCAAGAAAUAGUCUUAAUUGACGACUUCAGCUCUGACCGUGAGUUCCUGCUUUGUUUGUGCCGAGGAAACGUGGAAAUCUUUGAGGUUUAUGAUCACAGGAAUGAGACAUGUGGGCUGAAUAUCUGAAAGAAGACACCGACGCUCUUCAGCUUUUGAUUGGAAACAGGCUAACAGAGUAUCUGAGGCAGAGCUUUAUUUUUAAAUAAGUGUAUCAUUACUUCAGACAGGACCACAAACGCAAUCCAGUCAAUCAGGUGUUUGUCCUGCCAGCUCAUAUCAGCCGGCAGGUCAUCCAGUUACCUUCUAGGCCUCCAGCUGGCACACAAUUAUGUCUUUUUUAAUUAUUAUGAUUAUUAGGUGGUGCAGGACUGAUCAUGACAGGUGGUUGACAACAUGUAUACAGAGCAAACAGACAAUGGAGACAAGACAAAGUGACACAUACAGCAGGAACACAUAAUAUUUACGUACAUUUAGAAAGUGUUACAAGACUGUGUUUAAUUAAGUGUGGGUGAGUGGGUGUUUUUAUGUGUGUUGUCAAGUGUGUGUGUGAGAUUGUUCCCUCUUUAUCCCCUUUUUGAUUAAGAUUGUGACACUUGUUGAGGAAAGAGUGAAAGAAGAAAGAGUAAGCGUCAUUAAUUAACAAAAAUGACAAAAAUAAUUACUAUUUAUUAUAAUAGAGCAGAGAAAAAAAGUAAUAAAAUAAAUAAAAAAAGGAAAAAAAGGAAAAAAGGAGGUGGCAGGAAAGGAAAAAAGUAAUAAGUAAUUAAAGUAAAAUGAUAAAUAAGUAAGUUAAUUCAUAAUAGAAUAACAGGUAUACACUACAUAUGUAUGUAUAUUUACACACAUAAUGAAAUAAAGUAAAUAAAUAAAUGUGGUAGGAUAUAGUAAUCAAUUAUAGAAUUAAUGAUGCUAUACAUUAGAAACUUCUUUUUCCUGGUGCGUUAAGAUCCUUUCACAUCGGGAACGACGCAAAUAUACGACGCAUAAUUACGAAAUAUUCGGAGGCCAAUUUUGACGCCCCUGACUAUACACAUCAAGCGCGAUGCGAUUUUGCAACGUUCCGGAUGAAAGCGAGAAGACAAAAAUAAAGUCUACUUCAACUUCAAGUGAUGGUGAAUUGGUACUCCUUUAAAAAAUAGAGCUACCAUAUGCCGCAGUUACUAAAAACAGAAAACACAACAGCGGACUGAGUGUUUUUCAGUUCUGAUUAGACACUAGUGUUGAGAUGUCUGUCUGUCAUGAUAGCAUGUACUGAGUCAGGGCCAGUACCAGAUAAGCACAUUAAACUAUAAUCCAUAAACAUGCUGUUACAGCAACGCUGUGAUUGAGUUUGAGUUUACAGUGAAAAUACAUAUGGUAUGUUGUAUCUGAACAGGUUAGCUGACGAGCUAAAGUUACUUAGCACAGAUGAAAGUUAAAACAAAGACGUUUAUCAAACUGUUAAAGCACACAAACCAUCGUCAUAUGAGAAAUCCGACGCUAUGACUCUCCACAAGUCGUCCUUCAGGUCGUUAUCUUUGUAAUGUUUGUGUUUUUUAUCAAAAAUCACUCUGUUCUCCGACACGUAAACGAUCAGCCGGUCGGCCAUGUUGGAUAUACCGGUGAAUCUGACAUCGCAACAACAUGAAAUCUGAUUGGUCAGAAGUGGACACACAUAGUAUGCGAAACUUAAGAAAAUUAGACCGUGAUACAAAGAAUAAAUGCUGCACUAUCCCAGGACGGGGAAACGCUCUGAUGUGAACUGGAAUGAUGUCUGAUCUCCUGUCACUGACGCCCGCUCUCUUCAGCACCUCGGGGUCUCUGCUGAUGCUCUACCCGCCACAGGCUUUCCAGGAAGCUCUUGUUAGAUAUUCACUUUCUUUUCACUGGUCCUUCUAAACCGUAUUUAGGCCAUGAUGUACAGAGUUAAAUUUGCAUCUCUAUACGCAGAGGUGGCUUCUCAAAAAAAACCAAAAAAACUCCCGUGGGCACAAUUUUGAGUCUCUGCGUUUCUAAAUCCCAGCUUCAGCCCUCGGUGCCAGGUGUUAAGCUCUUCUCAUUCUGCCAUCUGCUCUGAAUAUGUGUGAAGCAAAUAUCACACAGGAAUGUUCCAGCAAACAAGGAGGCCAAAUUAUAGGAAAAACGGAGGAGGAGGCGGGACACGGCAGGAGAGACAGGAGAGGCUUUGAAGACGGGUAACGCCGGUGUCCGAUAUCACAGAGGAGCAGAGUCUGAAUCAGAGCUCAGUUUAUCUCGAACCAGAAGAAGCUGAACCAUCCGGUGUGGUAUCAGCUACAGCUGAUACCACCAUGAAGAAACUGCUCCUUUUCAUAUAAGUACAAAUAAUGAGGCUAAUUGACCCUGACAUUUAGAGACCGAUCAGUUAAUUGCCCCAUAAAAAAGUGUGUUUUAUUUACCAGCACAGAAAAACCACAGCUUUGUAAUUAUUCCUCUUUGUCAGCCUCAAACCGGAGAAUUACAUGAGCUCACGCUGUCCUGUAAUUACCACCACAUGCAUCUUCUCAAUGACCUACAUUCAGUGUGUGCGUGCUUUACACACACAAACACACGGAUCACACACACACACUCAUGGGUGUCAGAGCUGGCCAGACAUCUAAACAUUAAAGUCUCAGCGUCAGCAGCAGCAGCAGUCGGAGCUCGAUUAGCUCACUAAUGCCCCGUUUACGCUCCCUCUGCUGCAGCCGGGAUACCUGAAUACACCUUCAGCUAACACCACGAUGAGCUCACAGCGGAAACACGGAUUAAUUAACGAGUUUUUUGGCGUUUAGCCUGAUGCUUCUUUUAGAUUUACUUUUCAGCAUUAAUUGUCGUGGAAACUCCUCCUCCUUCUCCGGUUUGUGGCUUUAAAGGUGGGGUCGGCAGGAAUCCGUUUAAAAAAAGCAUCUUUUUUUCGUGGUGUAUUUAAUAUCAAUAUCAAUCAAUAGAUAUUAGUUAUUAAUGACAUUUGGGAAUACAACGAUAUCGCUGUGUGCCUUGACAGAAAAUAACACGGACAAGGCGAGCGCUGAAAUAACUUUCGUCGAUGCAGCCAUCUUGUUUCUGCCUCCAAUUUCUGACUUGGAAACUGAAACGCUGGUAACUCGGAUAAUGCGUCAUUUUCAGGUCCGACAUCUGACUUCCAAGAACGCAGCAUUACCUGUGUCGUCAACAUUUAAAAAUUUCAAACAAAGCCAUUCUCCACCUCCUCUAACCUGAUUGGUUGUGAGGUAGACGCUGCUCCCCCCGUAUCGUUCAGGAGCCCAAACAAAGUUAGCGUGCUACAAUAUCGGACAGUAGAAACCAACCAGAAAGUUCGGAAAAUUGUCUGAAUCCUCCUUUGGCCACGACUGCCGACACAAGCAAGAAAACAAAGUAAAUACCAGAGACUCUGGAGGAAUAACAGGCGCUUAAAACGGAGGUAGACCGGACAAGAGCUAAAAGGCGAAAAAGGAGAAAGCCAAAUGGGUCAACAUAAACGAUGGGGGACGCUUGGGGAUCUUGGUGACCCUGUAACCUUUCUGCUGGACAGGUAAACCGCUUUAACAAAGUAAGACAAGUGUCUGUAACAGAAGUGUUUCUUGUCAAGCGGACCUGCUGUAGCAAGUUGUAGCGCCAUCGCUAAACUGUCCUCCCUCGGGUCCUGGACUAUGUCACUUUAUCCUCGUUGUAGAAGUCCUGCAAACAUUGUGUUUGCUGGUAGUCUGUUGGCAUCUACAGUAGCACCAAUGCUUUUGACUUUCACCCUGAAGUAUUUAUCUGCAUUAUAUCUGAAUUUAAUUGGAACGAUACGAGCGAGCAGGAGCGUCUGUUUGUGGGCGGGGCUUGAGGGGAGAGGAGGAGCUGAGGGGAAAACUGGUUGGGAGGGGUAGAGUUUACAUCCAAGAUUUCUCCUGAAAACUGGGACUUCCUCAGAUCCUGACUACACCAACUUAAAGCCGACCGUUCUGCUUCUCCGGGUUCGUCUCAGCGGUCUCGCCGUGUUUCCACUUUCCAGAGCUUUGUUUCAAUAAACGCCUCAGUAGUCCCUGCGAGGAAGUGCGAAAUAAAACUGCUGAUUACUCUGGAGUUAAACAGCAGGAGGGCGAAAGUGCUCUUUAAAGCCUGGAGUCACUGAAUGAUGUUAAUAGAUCCUGUCUCGUUUUCUUGGAGAUCAUGUUGUUUUUAAAGCUUUAAGCAGAAAAGGAAACACGAUUACGAUCAUGUCGAGAGUUUUUCUUCCUUUAUUAGGUGGUCUCUGGAUUCAGGUUCAGGAUUAACAGAUAACCUUCCUCUUGGUUCUGCUGGGACAGGUGGUCAGGUGAGGCAGUGAGAGUGCGAGAGCUUACAGACGGACAGCCGGCUGAAGGGGUCGGCGUUGAGAUGUCGGUCAGCGGGAGCGAGAGGGGAUAGACCUGCGCUGAGCGUAAUCCUAUUUAGGCUCGCCUUAAUCAUGAGGACACCGCUCUUAAUCACGGACGGCGAUCUUUACUUCCAGUCCAGACGGCAGCGUGUGACACUUAUUGUGUGGAGACGAGAAUAGACGCACAGUUCGAGUUUAAGGAAUGAACGACCUGGAGGGUUGAAUAUUGACGGGAAAACGACCACAAGUUGUUUUACCUCGAGAUUGAUCGUUGCUGAAACAUUUUCUAGUCACAGGAGUUGAAUCUCUGAACUUUCAAGUGUCGUCUGGCUCUUUAAGACUUGUAAUUUAUUUAGUUAACAUUCAAAUUGUGGAUUAAAACAGGAAACAGUUGAUUUGCAUGUAAUGAUACGCACACAUGGACCAACAGACACACAAUCUGGUUAAGAGUAUAGAGAGCAUCUGCUCCGUGGGAGUGAUCUGUGACUUUCUGCUCUUCUCCCCUGAAUGGUUAAACCCCCUCUCCCUCCUCUUCACACACACACACACACCAGCUGUCCUCUCCUUAUGAGCGCUGUUAAAGCACUAAUACACACCUGCUCUCGCUGUCACACACACACGCGCGCGUCUCUUGCGAUGGCGGCUUAAACACAAACAGACAGGUUUGUAAACAGCACAAAUGUAAUCACGGAGGAUUACAGCGUGUCAUGCUCGUCUCUCUCUCGGCUUUCGUCGGUACCGCGGCGGGAAAAGACUCGGGGACCGGGGUCUGCCUGAUCUACCCACAAUCCUUUAGCGAGAUCAGUGUCUGCUGCUAAUGCUAAUCCUCUCAGUGGUGGGUGAGAGUACCUGUGUUUAAAGGUUGUUUGUUAUGAUGUCUGAGAGUCGACUUCAGACACACCAGGGCGGAGAAUUAACUCAUAAAUUACAUGGAUUUAAAGAAAACACUUCAGAGUCUCUUUAUUCAUAUUUUUUUUCAUGAUGCCCCAAAAAUAAUCCCCGCAGAAUCAGGAAUUAAACAUGAACCAUAACCUCUGUACAUGCUUAGACCCCAGAGAUGCACCGCCCACCUGUCAAACUUUGAUUCAUCAGACUACAAGACCGUUUUUUCACUCUGUCUCAGUCCAUCUUAGCGAGGAUCAGGUCUGGAGCAGUUGUUGGCGUCUCUGAACCAGAUUGACCUCUUACCUUGUGAGCUCACGUGUGCCUGCAGGGCCGGAGGACCGGUUUUUCUAAGUGUCCCAAAGGUCGAGAAAAGACGCUUGAUGAGCGAAAUUUUUAUUUAAGGCACUAAAAUUGAAAGUUCUCUAUGAAUAGAUUCAUUAUGGCUUCCUUUUGCAUGGUUUGGUAUGGACUGUAUCUAUGAUUUAGAGCCCUAUGUGGUGACUUCCACUGAAGAGUCGUGUCUGUUUUUAAUGCAGUGACACCUGAGAGUCUUACAGGGAUAUUCCAGCGUAAAAUUAAUUCAGUGUCAAACACACCGUAACACCGAGUUAGACACCCCCUCAAGAGAUGAAUGUUGUCGACCGCUUGCUUCUCUAGUUAAACCAACUUUAGUAACGACCGCAGGAUAGCAAUACAGAGAGACACGCCCUCAACCAAAACGCCACUCUAUAGACACAAAUAAUGCUCAGAACAGCACCUAACUUCAUCAACAGGACAUAUAGGGUCACAGACAUAGUACUAGACACCAAACAUCUUUUUAACUUUGACUCAUUUCUUUAGCAAAGAGACCUCAGGACAGUCCAUUAUGGACUACAGCGGGGUGCCGCAGCUCAAGGAAGAACAUUUAUGAUCAUUUCUUCAUGGAAAUACAAUCAGACCGAGUUGCUAAGGCAGAAGAACUACCGCGUCUGCAGUGAAAAUGAUUAAUAUGGUGAUUAUUACUUGGUGAUAUGAUAAAGAAAUGAUCAUAAAUGUUCUUCCUUGAGCUGCGGCACCCCGCUGUAGUCCGUCAUGGAGGUGCUGUUCUGAGGUCUCUUUGCUAAAGAAAUUAGUCAAAGCUAAAAAGUUGUUUGGUGUCUAGUACUAUGGCUGUGACCCUAUAUGUCCUGUUGAUGAAGUUAGGUGCUGUUCUGAACAUUAUUUGUGGCUAUAGAGUGGCGUUUUGGUUGAGUGCGUGGCUCUCUGUAUUGCUAUCCUGCGGUCGUUACUAAAGUUGGUUUAACUAGAGAAGUAAGCGGUCGACAACAUUCAUCUCUGGAGGGGGUGUCUAACUCGGUGUUAUAAUAGUAAUAGCGGUAAUAUCCCUUUAAAUUUAAAGUCUUCUACUAACAGAUUCAUUAUUAUUACAUAUGGCUUCCUUUUGCAUGGUAUGUUAUGGACUGUAUUUGUGAUUUAGAGCCCUAUGCUGUGACUUCCACUACAGAGUCGUGUCUGUUUUCAAUGCAGUGACACCUGAGAGUCUUAAGAUCAGCUUCGUCUCCUUUGUGCAGAGAUUUCUCCAGAACCUCUUUUUUAAGGAUUACACAACUUUUUUUAACCAUAUCUGCUUGUAUCAAUUUAAAAUUUCUCAUAGACAGGACGAAAAACCCAUCAAAUUAACCAAAACUUUGACAUUAAUCCAGAUUAAAGUUUUUCUCUUUCUGAAGAGCAGAGAGCACCAACAGAUGUCCGUGUAGAAACAGGGCGUAGAUGGAGAGAGUAAGCUGCUGCUCUCUGGAUUUGUUUAUGGAAAAAGCAGAGUUUGAAUCCCAUUAUACAGUGAAAUGAAGCUCUUUUGUUUCCCCGUGUUUACGUCUCUGAUUGUGACGGAGCUCUGCUGGAUGCUGUGUUUGUGUGUGUGUGUGUUUGGGUCAUGUCGUAGCGCCGUGUAAGCAGCCUUUCCCGGGGGUGUUUAUGUGAAACUGUGAAUAUCUCCUCGUGUGACUGUGUUUGUGUUGGUGUAUGCGUGCUAAUUCCAUGUGGCAGUGUGGUGUGUGUUUUUGGGUGUGUGAGCGGCGGAGUGUGAGACGAGAGCAUGAGGAGAAUAAGAUGUUUUUCUGCCUCUAUAACACCAUAACAUCCCUCUCUCCUCUCCUCCUCUUCUCUCCUCUGCAGCUGAGGACUGCCAGCUGCUCGCUCAGAUCCCCAAAGUGCGCUGCCUGAGGAACGGCAGGAGAGAGGGUGAGUGUGCAGAGACCGGGGAGAGAGGGACGGGAGGGGGGGAGAAAACAGAUUAUUUUAAUGAAAGUCGACUGGACUCUGAGGACUGCAUCUAUAAGGUACGGUAAGCUAUAAAACAGUCCUUUACAAGCUGGAAUCUGAGCCCACGUCUCGGUCGAAACAUAAUUAAGGAGGAAUUUAAAUAAAAAAGCAAGUUGAUUUAUUCUCACCUGCUGCAGAGGGAUCCUCAGAACCAGAUUUAAACGCAAGAAAACCUCAAUAAUCCACGAUUAUAUAGAUUAAAAGAGGGAAUAGGUAAUACUAAACAUAAUACAUAAGUAAUAAUAUGAUAUUACCCCUGUCUUGAUAAUAACAAAGCUUCUAUCGGAGUAAUAAUGUAUUUAUUAUCCCUCUAUUAUCGUCUUAUUACCUCACAGUGAUGUUACGAGCCUUUAGAGAGUAAAAAAGACGAUUAAACAAACAGACGCUGUUGUUGAAUCAGACACAGUAAAACCUCCAGAUGCUCCCAGUCUGAUUGUGACGUUGAAAUUUGGUUGUAACAGGAUAUAAAAAAGUCUGAACCGCCAGUUUACACCAGUUUUCAACCUGCCCCAGACUUUCGAAGAGUUAAAUCUAAAGUCUAAAUCUGGACUAACUGCUAAUUUCCACCACAUCCAGAACGGCUCUGAAUCUAAAUCUGAAAACCUUUUACUUGUCCGUCUCUGCCCGUUUGCAUGGUGUGAAAGACGAUCUUCCUGAAACACGGAGUGUUUUAUUUUGAAAAGAAGACAGAUGUUUUAUUUUGUGUCUGUGCCCGACUUCCUUUCCAGCACGGAUUAAUCUGUGCUGAAUUUAUCCUGCAUGCUCUGGCGUCUUGAGAAAAUAGAACUUUUGCGAUCAGCAGAGUCUGGUGAUCCGCAGAGGAACAGAAAGAAGCCGGUGGAAAUUGACACGUUAACUUGAAUGGUUACGAUCAGCUACUAUCGGCAGAUACAGCCUUUUCUUAGCUGUUCCAGAUGUGGUGGAAAUUAGGGGUAGGAGUCUAACCUCAGUAACUUACACCAACUGAGUGGCUGCAAUCACAGCGUUUAUUUUCCAGUGAGCUCUUCACAUCAUGGCCAUGUUUCAGUCCAUAAUCCACCUCCAGCAUGUUUUGGGAGAAACCGUAUAACUGUACUCUCUGAGCAAACAGGCUGCUUACUGACUGUUUCAGGACCAAGAGUAUUUAGUGACUGAGGUUUAGGUUCACUUGCAUCUGUGACUCGUUUAAUUAUCAGUCCGUUUUGAGCGUUAAAAAAGUGAUUUAUCGUUCAAAAAGAAAAGAAAACACGCUGAUCCGGGUCCAAAACUUUGCCUUCAAAUGAAAAGGUGAUGUUCUGAAAUGAGAUUAAAACAGGGUGAGUGAAACGGUGAAAAACGAUGAAAAAUGGUCAACAGAAAAUUAUCAGAGCUUACCAAACCCACUAUCUGACUACACUGGUGAGAUUUAAAUAAUCUGCCAAACAUCCCAAAACCAAACAUCCCAUAACCACACCCCUCAGUGGCGAUCCCCAGAAGUGACGUAUCUAGGAAUCAUAUCCUAAACAAAUAUAUUUUGGCUCCUACAGAGUGUUUCUGACUAUUUCUUUGCCCACAAAGCAAUCAAGAAAGCAAACAUUCAGUCUAAUCUAACAGUACAGAGUAAGAGAUGUUAACAAAUCAAUAAUCUGCAGCCUUACUGCGAGUACAAGAAAGUCAGCACAAAAUAAUGACGAGGCCGUGAUUUAAAAACCUCCUCCUCUGUAUUCAGCGACCCAAAACUGGAGGUCAUUCAGACGUGAAUCUCUGUGAAUGUUUCAGUCAAUAAUACGCCUCCAGCAUGUUUUAGGAGAAACCAUAUAACUGUACUCUCUGCUUACUGACUGUUUCAGCUGUCCAUUAAAGUGUCCGCUGAGAUUGCGUGAUUAAAAAGAAGUUUGAAAACGUCUCUCAGAUCAGAAAUGACAGACUGUCAGCUGCAAUACUUUAAAAUGAGAGUUCAGAAACUGACAGAUUCUUCAGGGAAAACUCGAGCUACCUCAAAGAACCAUCCUAAAAAAAAAGACUUUUUUUUUCUCUGAUGAAGAAAGCAAACAGUUUCUGAAGACCACAAGAAAAGGUGUUCAUGUUGGACUCGAUCCCACAUAAUAGAGUCGUGAAAGACCAACCAGUCUGAGUAAAGUGUGUGAGGUUUCCUCUGUUUGUAAAAACGCUCCUGAAUGAAACGAAUCCUGGUUUAGAUGAAAUCCUUGACCCACAAAUGAAAAGUUCUGCCAACAAAAAGCAGUUUGUUUGGGUGUCUGUCGGUAAUCCCUCCUGCUUACCGAGGAAGCUGCUGCUGCUGCGUGUGUGUGUCUGUGUGUGUCUGUGUGUGUUGUUGUUGUUGUGUCUCACUGCUGACUGAAGACUUUGUUUGGGCUUACCCACCACAUGCUGACAAAACACCAACAUAUUGGAUUCAGGCCGACUGUUCCCGACUGUGUCGUCUGAGCGAAAAUGAGCUCAAGUUUACCGAGAAGUCUCGAAUAUCAGGACAGAAAAAAAACCUCUGAAUGUGGAGUCAGAGAGUUUCAGAUGUGAUCGAAAAGAGAGGAGGAGCUGCAGCCGGGGUCACUUUGAGGAUCGAUUCAUUAAUGGUGUCGCAGCUUCAGGCUUUAAUCGACUUUUCCCUUUAAAUGUGUCCAAAAGCUUCAGCGUGAGGUUUGAGAGAACAAACGGACACACAGUCACUGGGAUGAUGAUGUUAGCCGGUUUAAUAUCAGACCUGAAUUUUGCUGUUUUUAAGUUUGAAUCGUGGAGUUUAAGCUUUCCGGUUAUUGGACUUAUUAAGUUUAAUUUGAGUCAGUUUUGGGGUAACUUUUGAAGCCCCUUUAAUAAACUUAUACAGUCAUUUGUUCCUGUCUCUGACUGGUUGCGGUUAAAAUGAAGCAAAGUUUUCAUCCUGGGUGCAGAAAUGUCCUCUCUGUUCACGCUCAGUUUGAAACAGUGAGAGUCACUCCACCAGACUCGAGAAGGGGCGGUACUUCUGUUUCUACCAAACUCUAAUAGUUUAGGUCCAUUUUGAGGAAAAACCCACCACCCUUGUUUCUUUGAGGUGUGAUUUCCAGCUCUAGAGAUGCUGAUAAGUAGGGUGACCGUAUGUCCUCUUUUACCCGGACAUGUCCUCUUUUUGGGGGGCUGUCCGGCAUGUCUGGGGGAGUUUAUAAAAUCCUUUAAAUGUCCGGGGUUUUGAAUGGAAGUUUUGAGUUUGUGUCACAUGGACUUACUGAGUUAGAAGCGCGUAAAAAACACUUGACCCAGCCCGAACAACUCUCAAAAUUAACUUGGCGUUACUUUGUGACUCUUUGUAGUAGUGUCCUCUAUUUAGGGAUUCAGGAUAUGGUCACUGAGGAUGUUCCGAUCUGAUCGGCGCCGAUCUAGAUCUGCUGAUAUGCCUGUAAUAGUUUUUGAUCAGAGUUCUCAAAAUGAAGGCCGAUCAAUGACAUGAAAUCCAGGAGAGUAAGAAAAAAAAAGGUUAAGAAUUACCGUCAUGUAUAAAAUGUAGCGUAUAUAUGUUUCGCAUUUUAGGCUUUAGGUCACCAAAAGAAAGAAAUCGUUCUUUUUCCGUUCAUGUAAAAAGAAGCUUGCAGUUGGCUGUCUCGCUUUGUUAUGGUCAUGUGGUUUGAGAACGCCUUCUGUCUCCUCAAGUUUGACUCAAGAGAACAUGGUUUCGCCGGUCCGCCACUCACCCAGCCGACUGUAAGCAGUUUACGAAAACAACAGCAGCCGUUCAGUAAAGAGAACAAGAAAAGAAAUUAAUGCUUAAGUCAUGGAGUUUAUUUGGUUAAACAAACAGCUGCUGUCCGCCUCGUGUCCUACGCUGAAGAAAGUGCACUCCUGUGAGAAUGUGUGUGCUGUAUCUGGCGUCCCCUGUGGACAAACUGAUACCUGUUACCUCUGCUGGUUUAUUCCUACACAUGUACGGCUGACUGAGGAUCUUUGCUGUUGAAGCAGAGUCCAGCAGUUUAAGACAUCAGGAACAACAAGUCUAUAAAACCGUCAGACUUUACGCUGACGAGAAUAAAAAUGCAGACAUUUUAAUACCACGCUGUAUUUUCUGGCUUCAAACCCUUCAGAGGAACUUUAAUUUAUUACGUAGUCAGAUGUUUACCUCUGAAAAUUGAAGCUGGAGUUUUUGAAUCGCUCUGACAGAAACAGACAAACGCAGAGAUGAAAAAGAAAGACUCAGAUUAAUCCGAACUUUUCUCUUUUUUUGCUCAAAGCUACAGAGUGAAACUCUUUCAAGUCUUUCUGGAGUAAAACAGACUGAACUCUGAGUUGUUUUAAAGAUUGUUGUCUUUAGCAGAAACCACAGAGGAGACGAACACGGUGUUGGUUUUGAUCUCCUCAAUAACAAACAUGUUGAAAGCUGCAAACUUCAGCCUUUGAAUUUAGGAAACAACACUUUUACAAAUGUUUUAGCGGGACGGAGUUUAAUGCCGAUUUAUUUUCUGUUUGCAGAGCCGAACCUCCCCGCACCCGUCUCCUUUAUAUUCUCCACAUAAAGUCUGUCUGAUCUUCCUCCUAACAAGCUGCAUCUCCGAGGAGUUUGAUCUUAAAACAUCUCAACAGUUUUCACUCCGUCCCUAAAGACUGUGUGUCUGCAGAGCGUGAAUAAAUCUGUUGUUUUUCACCUUCUCUAAACGAUGCGAGACGUUAAAGAGAGACGAAGAGAUCCUCUUCAUUAAAACCUGACCUGCACAUCAAGCUCCAAAUAUCAAAAUCUUCGUCUGUAAGAGGACGUGUGUUUAUCUAAGAGUCCACGCCUCAUCCUCAGCUCCCUUAGAGAUCGAUUUUAAUGACGGAAUGCACCUUUAAUUAUCAGUCCUCCACAUAUCUCCCUCCUCCAGCUCUGAACGAACACUUUUUGGCCUGUUUUUUUUACUUCUACACCGCUGUCUCUGCAGGGCGAAAGUAAAAAAGACACGGUCUGGUUUCUCUUUCAGACUAAUCCAAUUAUCACGUUUCGUUUCAAAGGGUCGGCUUGUUUUUCAAGAAGCUUUUCCGCCUCAAAGUCAAAUGUAAAUAUCACAGAAACACGGGGAAAAAAAUGUGUUUAAUGAGCGCUUUUUUUUCCUCAUAAUUCUGGGAUUUUUUAUAUUAAUAUACAGUUUCAAGUGGGCGAAAAUGCAGAGGAGUAAAAAAUGAAGAAAUUUUACAUAUGAGCGGCUUUUAGAUACCUGUGAUCAGUUUUUUUAUGUGAAAGAGGCUUUUUAAUGAAGAAUAAAAUGUUAAAAUCAGUCGAUUGUUUUUGCUUUUUAGCUUAAACUUAAAAAAACAGAUUGAAAACACCAAAUCUGAUAUCUCUCUGAAAACGGGGAAAAUGACGACAGCAUCACCCUCCACACAAACACAGGGAUUUGUACUCACUGCUGUGACCAUUAAACGAAAAACCAACAACUAGGGCUGGGCGAUCAACCAAAAAUUUACCAAUACCGAAAUUUACGACAUUAAUCAACAUCCUUUUGCCCAUAUUAGUAUAUUUGGUGUCAAAAAAAUAACUAAAAGUUGGUUUUGGAUGUGUGAAGGUAGGCUAUGGUCUCAGAGACGUGACUCCACCCCAUCCAGUCUGUAACAAAGAGGGAAAGACCGGUGAGGAGAUGGAGGACGGUUCAAAAGUUGUAGCGGCUGAAGUAGACGAAGUUAAUGUGGGAGGGGGUGAGCAGCUUGUGGAGUAGUUAUCGUCUAUUUAUCGUUAUCAAGGUGAACUGAUCAAUAUACUGUGAUAUUGAUUUGAGGACAUAUCGCCCAGCCCUACAAAGAACAUAAUCUGAAAAAGUCCGAUACCCAGAUAAUUUCACAUCAUUUCAACACUUAUCUGUUGGUGCUUUCUGACAAAAUAGUGAUAGUGAAGAAUUCUUACCUGCGGCGACUCGUUCACACCUGAGUGAAAAACAGGUUACUAUAGAAACAGCUGAGGAGGAGAGAUUUGGUGCAUCACAGCAACAACAUCUGAUAAAUAAAAUCUUUUUGUUCGUUCCCUCAGGUCUGAUCCGCUCACGCGUCCGAGGAGCCAACACGGCGUCGGCCUCCAUCUUGACCUUUCUGGACAGCCACUGCGAAGUCAACUCUGAUUGGCUGCAGCCGAUGAUCCAGCGAGUCAAGGAGGUACGGACGCACAAGCUUCCCCGCCUGCCGUCAUUCGCACUCUGCAGCUCGACACCUCAUCAACACUGCCAGCAGCGCUCACACACACUCACACACACACGCUCACACACACACACACACACACACACACGCUCACAUACAUGCGUGUGUUUCUGACGCGCUCUGUUGGCGAGUUUUGCUCCUUUUCAUGCUGCUUUUACUGGCCGUGAUGUCACUUUUUUGGCCUCACAUGUCGUUGAAUAAACACUCCGUAUGUUGGGCUCAGAUUUUAAGUCGGAGCAGAUGUCACAGUCCACUUGGAAACAGAAACAGUCUUGCUGCCUUUUUCCCAUCCUGAGCUCGCAGGUCUGUUUUGUGUUCUUGUUGUUCACAGUGACAGAAUCGCUCCGGCCUCCGGCUCCACGCCGGGCUCUUUGUUUGAUUAUUUUAAUGCGGUGGGAAGAUUCUCCACAUUCACCGUAUCUUUAAUUAAAUUAAGCCGCCCACCGGGGGCUGUAAGACCACAUCCAGGCAUGAAUGUGUCUCAAUUCAAGACAUGAGCGGAGAGGAAAUGCAAAUCCAUCCUCUCUGGGAUUUUUGAUUUCUCUGGUAUCACCACGGGGCGGUUAUUACAGAUGCUGUUAUUACAGAUGCUGUUAUUACAGAGCGCUCUCCUGUGAUGGUUUCUUAAAGUCACACAAGAACACAAUCCGAACACACAACCUCUAUAGAGCUGCUGUGUAACAUGUGGAUUAAGAACAGAUGUGGAUGUUUGCAUUCAAACCCAGUGUGAGCUUGUCUGUAUUUGACGGCACCGAACAGUCUUAGAAACGUGGGCCUCUGUUUUUAACAGGACCCUGAAAACCUCUGAGAGGGACCAGUUCCUGGACUUGUCUCAGUUUCUGUGUCGUGAUGUUUUUAAUGGACGGGUCACGUCAGGACUCUUCUACUACAGCGCCACGCUGUUGUAAUCUGUUCUGAAUCAUGUUAAAACAAAGUGAUUGUGACUCCAUGCAGUGACCUCCACUACAGAGUCAGGUCUGUUUUUAAUGCAGUGUUUUCCACAGACAGAUUUAAUAACAAUAAUAAUACAUUUUAUUUAAAAGCGCCUUUCUGAACACUCAAGGACACUGUACAGGGCAUAAAAACACAGUUAGAAACAUAUUUAAAAUAAAUAAAAACAACAUACAACUGUAAAAGUGGACAGUUAAAGUGAAUAUGCAAUUUGGAAUAGGUGUGUUUUGAGUUUGGAUUUAAAGUGGGGUAGUGAGUCCAUGUUUCUGAGGUCCUGUAAUACUGUAUAUUUUAAUGAUAUCCUGAUACUGUUGAACUAUUUUCUCACACAUUUGGGUGUCCUGAUGCAACUUUUUUACUUCUGAUACCAUACCGAUAUCGUAGCCUUCAGAAUUAGUCUAUACUGAUAUUGUAUUCUUCAAUUUUGGCCGAUACUGAUAUUUGAGCCUUAAGUAUUGACUGAUACAGAUAUUGGUCAAACCAAUGGCCUUCCGUAUUGGCUGAUACCGAUUUUAGCCUUUGGUAUUGGCCGUCACCGAUAUUGUAGCCUUCAGUAUUUGCCGAUACUGAUAUUGUAUUCUUCAAUUUUGGCCGAUACUGAUAUUGUAGCCUUCAGUGUCUGCCGUCACCGAUAUUAUACCCUCAGUUUUAGAUGAUACAAUACCGAUAUUGUAGCCUUUAGUUUUGGCCGAUACUCAUAUUGUAGCCGUCAGUAUCGGGCGAGACCUUCGAAAUUGGCUGAUACCGAUAUUUUAGCCUUCAGUAUUAGAUGAUACCUAUAUUGUAGCCGUCAGUAUUGGCUGAUACCGAUAUUGUAGUCUGGAGUCUGGAAUGUUCUUCUUGUAUCAGAGUGCUGAUAUCAGAGAUUUUAGAUGCAGGCCGAUAUAAUUGGAUAUUUUUUUGCUUUAUUGGACUGAUAUCCAAUAUUGAUAUUGUAUCAGGACAUAUUUACUCACAAAGUCUCUCACAGAGGGAUAAAACAACUUUCAUCUUAACACUUUAGACACUCAGAUUUUCAUGAUCUUUAGAUUUUCAUUAGUGUGUUUUUUUUUUACAUUAUAUAAUUUAAAAUGUUUCUGUCACCAGGAUAAAAAAACAAACAUAUGUAUAUUCUUAAUAAAAACAGCUCUGAUACUUUGUCUUUACACUGUUUUCAGUUAGAUUUUAAGGAUAGGUUAAACCUUAAAAAUCUGUUUUACACAUUCACUGUAUUUAGGGUUGUGGUCUUAUGAUUAACAGACAUGUAGCUGGUACAUUUACUGAAACAUAGAUGUCUGGUAAGUAGAUUGAGAGCUGUGCAGCUGUGGAAACAGACCUUCAUCGCAGCGGUCCUGAGCUGUUUUCUGGCUCUCCUCCUUCCCCUGAUGUUAGAACAAACCUGCGACUGGGCUCAGACCGGCGCAGCUGCUGCUCCAGAUCUGCUGCCAUCAUCUCAGACCGCAGGGCCGAUGUUCCCACUGACUCUGCAGCAGGAGCUGUUUCAUUUCAGAUCAGUCAAGCCUUGACACUCAGCCUCGGCCUGCUGCAGUGUGCCACAUUCGUUCAUCUGCUGCUUUCACUUUCAGGAAGAGCUGCAGCAGCUCAGAUAGAAAAUGAUUUUGUCACUUAUCUGCAGAUUCAGGACGGCUGUUUCCUCCAGUUUUAAGUUUUUAUGUUAUGGUAAGACCGCCAUCGUCUAAUCCCACCUUCAUGAGAGGGUAAAAAUCCGAAUAAUAGAGACAAAGAGCUUCAUUACCAGAAUAUUAAACCCUGUUGAAGGUUACCGAGGCUGUUCGCUCACACAGAAACAACCUCACUCAAAAUCCCUCCAUGCGAUAAACCUGAUAUUCAAACCACAUAUGCAGAAGUCUCUACCCGACAAACUCCCCUAAAUGUUUUAUUCAGGAGACUCAGCACUCGGAGAGUUUAUGCACGUCGUUUAUACACUCGCUCUCAGCGUGGAUGCGAUCCACACACUCAUCCUCCGAGCUCCCAGAGGCAGCUGUGACUCAUCCGGCUCGCAUUACAAUCUCUCAGUCUGGUGUUCACGAGAGCGCCGGGCUCUGUGAUAAUUCACCAGCUCGUCUGCACCCUCCAUCCUGGAUUUAGACUGCCGUCAGAGGCCUCUGUCCUGGGUUCAUGACACACUGCUGAGGUCUUGAGUCUAUACCGAGUCUGAAACCUGAUGGCUGAUCUGGGUCUGAUCCAGCUUCCCAAACUGGGCCCACGUGAAUCAUCCCAAUCAAUGACAAACGUAUCGAUUCAGCCGUUCAAUAAUUUAGAUGUUCUGUUUUCCACACCGCUCAUGUCCUUCACAGAACCAGUAAUCAAACCUUCGGGGGGUUGGCGAGCUCGCCUCACCUCGGCCUCGGCGUUAUUCCUCCUCGGCCAAUCACACGGCGUCUGCUGGAGUGAUUUUUAUGCAGCUGCGCCCGGAGGCUUUCUCUUAUCGCCUCGUCCAUCCCCUCUGCAUGUGUGAAUAUCCGAACCCAGAACACCUGCAGGGAAAUUCAUGCAAAUGUAGCGCUCAGAUUUCAUUCGCUGCAGAAACUGAAAUUAUUCUGCAAAAAUAUCAACUCCUGACAUGAUCGGUGACUUCAGCAGAGACUCAAAUCUAUCAAAUCACCACCUGACAUCAGUCUUAGCUCGCCUUGAAAGUUUUGGAAAGUUUUUUAGAGAGUUUAGAAGUUCAAACACAACUUUUCAUCAUCAGAGAAAAACUCCACCAUGCAGAUCUCCUCCCGUUCCGUCAGGGUGCAGACUGCAGCUUCGCCGGCGUUGGCGAAGGCGAACAUCCUCCUCUUCCCUUUCAUGAGCUCCGAUCUGCGCCACAUUCAAGGAAAUAUCUCCUCACUCCGUCUGUCUGAGGCAGAAAGAAAUGAUUCAGCGAUUUCAUGCAGACAGUGUGUCCUCUGUUCGUCUCUUACUCAGACACUGAUGUGACAUUUCUGGGCGAUGAGAUCUGCACACGUCAAAGAGCGUUUCCCAGCCGUGAAAUUCAGUCUGCACGCGACACAUUUGGGUUUGGAGUAUUUAUCUCUUAUUUUACUUCACGCCGUCUGUUUGCUUUUUUUUCCCUGCAGGCUGUAAAUCAGAGUUUUUAUGGGUUACAUUAAAACAGACAGAUGUACAGAGAGAGGAAAUUACAGCUUUUUGACACAGUGAUAAAUCCACAGAGUGAAGAGUGACAUCCAUCUUGGGAAGGCGCCUUUUUUUUUAACGCGGUAUCACCAAAUAAAAGAGGACGAUUAAAACCUCAGUGAGUCUGCGUUUGCGGCUCCGCUCUGAUAAAUCGCUCUCCUGCAGAGUGUCGUCUCUCGCCUCUCUCUCGUUGGAGCCGCAGAGUUCAUUUAGGUUCAGUCUGUGACGGCUCCGAUUGGAAACACUCAUUUAGUUUGUCCUGACCUGGUACACACACAUAUACACACACACACACACACACAUAUACACACACACACACACACACACACGCAGAUGCCUCAUGGGUAAACAGCAGUGUUGGCACAGACCCACAACCAGAGGCAGAUGCACACAAACACACAGACACACAGACACAUUAUCAGUGAUCAACUUUUGUCGACCCGCUCAGUGUUUGUUUUUGGGGUCAGGUUAGAUCAGCAGGAGGAGGAGGAGGAGGAGGAGGAGGUCCUUCAACAGUCCAGAGUUUGUUCUUCGAUAAAUUUAUUAUAAACUGUUUAGAUUCAGUCACUGCUGUUUAGUUUUGCACAAUGUGAGCGUUUGUUACGGCGUAAGAAUGUCGUAAAAUUUAAAAAAAACUGAUCUGGAAAAAAAGAAACUAAAACAGAGUGAUUACUGAGAUUAUGAAAAUGUGAAAAUAUAUGAAAAAACAGAUAAAAAACUGAGAAAAUCUAAAGAGAAGAUCGACUUAUCGACGUGAUUUAACAGAAAUGAAACAAAAAAACAAAAAAAUAAAAUAAAAGUUUGGAAGCAAGACACAAAGGUUUGGUUUUAUUGGCCGAUUUGCAUAAUCUUUAUUUAUUUACUUAUUAUUAUUAUUAUUUUUUUAUUUCAUUCAUUUAAAAAUACAGCGCAACUCGAGAAAAGCUUUUGACUGAUAUUGAAAGGUUUUUUGUAAAUACACCACAAAAAAAGAUACUUCUCCAACGGUUUCCUGCCUACCACACCUUUAAGAACUGUUUUACAUCAGUAACACACAAGAGCGCAUCUGCGUGUAAAUUUCUACGACUUUGAUCCUCGCGAAGUCUAGAGAGUUUGUGCGGCGUGUCGGUGAAGAAAAACUAAGAAAGUAAAAAAAAAAUAAAGCAGCUCAGAUAAAACUCGUCUGUCCUCUUCUUCUGCAGGAUCACACCCGAGUGGUCAGCCCCAUCAUCGACGUCAUCAGCCUGGAUAACUUCGCCUACUUGGCCGCUUCUGCCGACUUGAGAGGAGGUUAGGACACAAAACACACACAAAUACACACACACAAACACACAAUAACAGCUGCAGUCAAGGAAAACCAUCGUGAUUCCUGCCAGAUAAAGUCAAACCCCAGGAGAGAUUCAACUACAGAUUUUCAUCCCUGUGGAGGAAAAGUUCAGGAGGAGGACGAUGUGAAGAUUUCAACAAAACAAACUGUAGAUAAAAUCAUGAAGAUUGGACAAUCACAGAUGUUUUACUUAUUUGUCUCUUCAGGAUUUGACUGGAGUCUGCACUUCAAAUGGGAGCAGAUCCCCAUCGAGCAGAAAAUGGCGAGGAGCGACCCCACACAGCCAAUCAGGUGAGUCCAAAAUACCUCCUACCUGAUUGAAACGCUCGGGGUUCGACUCAAAAAGCCGCACGAGCAACAGAACGACAGGAUGAUGUGGGUCUGAAAUAAGAGAAAUGACUCCUCUCCUCCUUUCUCUGCAGGACUCCUGUCAUCGCCGGUGGGAUCUUCGUCAUGGACAAGAGCUGGUUCAACCACCUGGGCCAGUAUGACACCCACAUGGACAUCUGGGGAGGGGAGAACUUUGGUGAGUCUCAAACUUUACAGGAAACAGAGAAACUUUCAUGAGUCAUCCUCCUCAGAUGUUUCUAUAGACAAGAAACACUUUGUCAAAUGAAGAAUACUCCCAGUUUUGACGAUUAAUAACCGUCUAACUUUCCUUUUAACUAUUUUCACUCAACUCUGUAACCUACGACCGAUCAGAAGUCGAGAAUUUCAAAAUAAAAGCACCAAAGACGUUCAGACGGGAGGGUUAAUGUGCUCGAGUUUUAUUCCAAACUUUAUGCCAAGUUUGUAAAAAAUAAAAAGAGUCAUUUCUGCAUUUUUAUCCUGAUUUAAAAAAACUUUUUCCACUGAACUGACAGUCGUCUGACUCCUCGUAAAAAUAAGGAUUAAAAGUUGAAUUUAGGAGGUAAAACUGGAGGAUAGUUUUGUGCUGCAUCAUCCUCUUUUUUCUCCUCCUCCUCAUCAGUUUUCACUCAGCUGAUCUGCAGCGUAUUGUGUCCUGCUGCAUAAGAAAUGAAGCUGAUAUGAUGACAGCAUCAACCUCACCCUCUGUCUCUCUCUCUCUCCGUGUGCGUGUCCUCCUGCAGAGCUGUCUUUCCGGGUGUGGAUGUGCGGAGGAAGCCUGGAGAUUCUCCCCUGCAGCCGAGUCGGUCAUGUGUUCAGGAAGAGACACCCGUAUGAUUUCCCAGAAGGCAACGCUCUCACCUACAUCAAGUGAGUGUGGGUUCAGGAAAGUCUGCGUGCAGAAACCGCCGAGAGGGAUCGUCUGUGCGUCUCUGAAAUCUGAAGUUAAGAGCUCCGCGGGGAAAACUGCACAGAUCUCUGACGCUCUGAAAGAUGAGAGAGAAUAAAACAUCUUUAUUUAAGCGUGAUCGCGAACGUUUACACCCCGAGAUUACAUAACGAAACAGCUCAAAACUCGUCUUUGAGUUAUUGUUAUUAGAGCCCGGGAGGAGGCGACUCCAGCUGCUUUAAAACGCGAUAAAAAACGGACAUUUGUGAUUUUUAAGACCCCAUAAAGAAAGAUUUAAAAACAACAGAAACUGGACGGUGAUAACCUUUUAUGAGCCGUGUCUGUGAAAACUACAGAUGUUCAACUUUAAAUCUACCCAAAGGUUUCUAGAUUGUUUAUUUGUUUAUUUGUUUAUGUGUAAUUAGAUGAAGUGCAGAUCCCUCUCCUCUCCUCUUCUUCCCUCCUUGUUUUUCCAGCAGAGAUCGACAGCUCCGAUUAAACAGACCUGACAGGAAAAGGUCAAACGUUCCUCAGACAGACUCACGCUCACGCCGCGGUCUGCAGAGUGAGCAGGUUUUCUCGCAGAGCUGUCGACCUGCGUAUUUGGGAAAUCAGCGAUCUGUCACAUCAAGACCGUUAAAACCCGAAACCUGCUCUCAUCGUCCUCCGCCCUCGCUCUGCUCAGGCACACCUCUUUAGAUGAUGAAAUAACUAACAAUCGAGCGCUCGCUGCAUGUGUGAAAUUUUUUAACGAUUCAAAAAGGAAAUAUUCAUCAUUUCCUGCACAUUUAUCCACGUCCUGACAGACACAGCUGCUGAUAAACUCUUGUGUCUAAAUGUCGGAUCGGUCCCAGACUGUCUGUCCUCCUCGCUCAAAGACACACCGAGGAUUACAGGAGGAAGAGGACGGUCCUGAUGGAGGAUUUUUCCGCUGUCUGAGGGCUCCUCUGUGCGCGACACUGUGUCAUUAGAGCUGCCUGCAGGAACGCCAGCAGGAUUACAGUCAUUACAGAGCGUGUGUGAACAGGUGUGUGUGUGUGUGUCUCUGCAGGAACACCCGGCGGGCGGCUGAAGUCUGGAUGGACGAGUACAAACAGUACUAUUACUCUGCCAGGCCGUCAGCUCAGGGGAAAGCCUUCGGCAGGUCGGUGUUUCAGACUCUCGCUGUUUUCGCUUUUCGUGGUCGUGUUUCCUUCAGACUCGAGGUUCUCCUGACGAUGAAAAAAUAUCACUUUUUUUUCCAGAUUGUUUUGAAUUUGAGCUCCUCGCUCUCUAAAGUUUUUCUCACUGACUGACUGUCCUCUUGUGUUUCUCCUCGCAGCAUCACGGACCGUCAGACGCUGAGGCGGAAGCUGGACUGCAAACCGUUCCGCUGGUACAUGGAGAACGUCUAUCCUGAGCUCAGGUAAAGGUCACCUGGCGUCUUUUCAACCAUAGCGUUUACUUCAUUUAGUUUCGCCAUCGAGGUAAAAACACCAUUUAACUGUGUGAUGCCUCUCUCUGUGUUAUGUAUCCUGGUCACAUUCGCAGGCCGGUGUUCACUGACUGUAAAGCCAAAAGAUGUAGCGCUCCCCCUGGUGGCCGACUGCAGAAUGAAUCAUAAAUGGCUCUUCAGUGUUGACAGAUUGAAACAAUCGUCAUAUUUAGCUGUCAUUGUGCUGACGUAUUUUACAUUUACAUAAAUAUUAAAUACGUCUAAUCUAGGGUCACCAUAUUCUGAAUCCCCAAAAAGACGACACGACUACAGGGGCGGAGUCAUGGAGUCCCACAAAGUUAAUUUUGAGAGAUUUUCAGGUCAGAUCGAGUGUUUUUUACACGCUUCUAACUCACAAACUCCAAACUUCCAUACAAAACCCAGACAUUUGAAGGAUUUCAUGAACUCCCCCAGACAAAGCCGGACAGUCCCCAAAAAAGAGGACGGGUAAAAGAAGACGUAUGGUCACCCUAUCUCAUAUUUAGCUUCUCAGUGAAACAGAAAUUAACUCCAGCUUCUCCUCCUCCUCAAGAGAGAAAUCUGCAGGAACAUUUUUUUUUUUCCUCCAUGAACUUUAAUCAGAAAUGAUUUUGAAACUCCUCUGGGUGUCAUGACCCCAAAGUUCAUAACGGGGAUCUAAAUUUAUCUGAUCUGGAUGGGAACUCUUCAAGUGUUUCUGUUCGAGCUCAUCCCUCCUCUCUGUCCUUAUCUUCUCUCUUUCAUUCCUCUCUCUUUCUUGAAUUAUGAUUGUGAACAGUAAUUUUUUUAAUACCGGUCAGUUUCAGUCCCUCUGAUUGGUCCGUCUCCUCUCUGUGAACGGUUCCCUCAGGGUCCCCGAGCAGGAUGCGGUGUCCAGUGUGCUGAAACAAGGCGGUCUGUGUCUGGAGACCCGCGGGACGGACGGCCUCGGACUGGCAGAGUGCAGGGGCAUGGGCGCCAACAGGCCGCAGUCACAGGUCAGGACUCCGCCAUGAAAAUCUGAGUCUCUGUUGAAGUCGACGAACCUCAAAUCACUUCACUUUGUUUCCCUCCUCUGAUCACACGGAUCUACAGAAGUGCUCAGAUGUGAUUUAGUCUAGAUUUAUCCUCCGACAGAGGAUCAUAAAUCUGGAAAUAUAGACUCAAUCAGCCGAUCCUCCCUCCCUUCCUCCCUCCCUCCUCGGUUGCCCGGUAACAGCUCUUCCAAACACAUGUACACAAUCAUCACAUGGAGGGAAACUCGCCAAACGUUAAUCUGAGUUUCUUCAUGUGAGCCAACAUUAGUCACCGUUCGCAUUUUGGCGUCGGAUCAAUAAUGAUUCAUGCUGAUUUACUGUCGCACCACACUUAUUAUCAGGCGCUAAAAUGUUUGCAAACUGUGAGCCGAGCUUUAGGUUAACGCAGGAGAGUUAGAGGAAGAUCUCAACCACAAAAAAAUCUAAUCAGAGACAGCGAGAGCGAAGACAAACUUGGAUGAGGUUUCUCUCUUUUUUUUCCUGGAAAGUCCCGAUCCUUGAUUUCAGAGCGCGUCUCUUUCAGUCAGCUGUUGUUUCGGAUUUAUAAAAGAGGACAUCUUCUCUUUCUGUGCAGUUUUAGAGUUAGAGGAAAAGAGCAGGAGAUCUUUACAUGGUAGAAACACUCACAAGUAAACCAGCAGGAAUGGAAAUGAAGUAGUAAAAAUAAUCAUCUUUGUUUUGUACCACACUGACAGCAAAAACGUUUCCAAAGAUGAAUUUUCUGUUUCAUUUCUUUGAUUUUGCAGAGAUGGGAGCUAAUAGAGCCGCUGAUCCGACAGCAGGACCUCUGCUUGGCCAUUUCAGCCUUCACAGCGGGGUCAAAGGUCAAGAUGGAGUCCUGCAACGCAAAAGAGCCCAGACAGGUAAGAGGGAACCACGACUCAAGAGGAUUCAGACGUUUAUUCGGACGCUUCAUGACGUGAAAUAAUCGAGCUAACGGUCAUGAACAGUUGAUGUUAUCGUACUCUUCAUGAUUUAGAUCGAUGAGUUAACUCGUCAGUCUGCAUCCUGCAUAAAAGAAAAAUAAUAUCACAAAAAAACAAGAUCUCAUUUGGAAAGCAUGCAUGUCCACUACAGACACAUCUUUACCAUCUUUAAAGAGGCGGUGCUCAUGGGAAAUGCAGUCUUGGUCACAUAAAAACACAACAUCUCCUCUCAGAAGCUCUUUUGUCUCUUUUUUGUCGACACAGACGCUGGUCUAUCAUCAGACACUCAGUCCGUUUCUUCUUAUCGAUAAAUAAAUCAGGUUUCCAUCAAACUGUCGUUGAUAAAUAAGUCGUUCUUUGAAGUCGGACGUCAGCUGAGAGUCUAAAAACAAACCAGGAUCAGCCGUAAUCUCGCUCUGUCAGUCACUUUUACUGCAGGUCUUAGUUUUUCCAAACCGUCACCCCGUUUUGGACUCUCAACAUCCUGAUCCCCGAGUCUAGACCUGAAAGAACGGAGAGGCUGUGACCUGGAGAGACGCUGGUGCGACCUCGCCGCACACGCCAAAGGAAGGAGUAGUGGAUUUUUAACGUGGCUGUGGAACACGCUCUCCCGCUCUUUUCCUUCCUCGCUCUCCGCUCUGUGAAUGUUGAACACGCGGCCCAUGUGGACCCUCGCUAAUUUAUGACACAGAAGAAGGAGUUAUUAACUCGAACCAUGUGUGAGCGGCGCUCAGGAAUCCUGCCAGGCCAUCUCCUCAUCCCUCUGCAGGCCCGUCACAAUCCUCCGAGAGUUCUCGGGGAGUUUCAUCUGACGUGGGAGACGUUUGGACUCUUUGUCCCGAGUGUGAAAAUCCCAGAGAAAGAGGAAAAAAGUCAUUUAUCCUCUUUAAAUGAAAAAGCGCUGAAGUGAUAACCUCUGGGCGCCACAAAUAUUCGUUAUAAACGUGAAAAUAUGAAGACGACUUUGAACAUAAAACAAAAGAGGGAGAGCUGAAUGAUCCGAAGAGUCUGAUCCCUCUGGGCGGGUUCUCAGUCUUAUUCAUCCAUCACUGAUAAAACGAGGCGUUUCCCUUCAUCCCUGCAGCGCCGAAAACCGUCUGAGCAACACUUGAUUUUCUUUGUGUUUAAAGGUUAUUCAGGAAUUUUUCAAACUGUGGAGACUAAAGGAGCAAAUCGGUGAAUAAAUGCAGAACAUUUAUCAGCGGCUCGGUGUAUUUCAUCAGCCAGCAGCUGCACUUUAGGGACUGUGUCUGCUGCUGCUGCGAUGACAACAGAGGGAAACAUGUACUGUGUUUCUGUUAGGGAUCGGUGAUAUGGGCUAAAAAAUGUAUCACGAUAAGAUUUGUCAAUCUGGCGAUAACGAUAAAAGUCACAGUUGAAGUACAACACCAGUUGAAGUCGUCAAAUAAGAUACUUAACAACAAGAUGAAGUGGAAGGUUAUUGAGAAAACUAAUGACAUCAAAGAAAUCUCAACGUUUGUUAAAAACUCUUGUUGCACAGAGUGAACGGCAGCAGAUCCACUGUCCGAUGUCAGGCAGACCUGAUUGUACUCGUCUAAACCCCGAUCUUGAAACGUCUCAGAAACGUCUUCUUCAUCAUCUUCAUCCAUGUUUGUUUGUUAUUUAGCUCUGUGUGGACUAUGGCUGUGAGUCCAUCACUCACGGUAAGUCAUCAACUUGGAUUUAUCGUAUUUAUCAUGCCAUGGCGAGUAUUUAUUGUGGAGGAUUUUUCUGACGAUAUAUCGUGAACGAUAAUUUAUCGUCCAUCCCUAGUAUUUGCAUCGUUGCUUAAAAAGUGAGAUAAAUCAACAAAUAUGGAGCAAAUCCUCACAGUUUCUGUCCAUCUGCUCGUCUGCAAGUUUACCUGUGUUUUCAGUAAUCUCUAAAAACAGUUUAUGUCUCUGCUCAGUUAGCACCGAUCAUCCAAGAGCGUUUGUAGGACAGAUUCAGCUUCUCCUAAAUACAGUAAAAUGUUAGAAAAAUAUCUGCAUGACAUUAAAAACUCGAUCUGAUGCAUCAAAUACUAAACGCUGGGUGGUUAAAAAAGCACGACUCAGAGGAAGGAGGCAGACUGUCAAAUAUGGCGGUCAUGUAUCUACUUUCGUUGAGGGUCACUUUCGUUGCGGUCUUGUUUCCUGCAGCUCCUUCAUGUGUGGUGGUUCGCAGCACGUGGACCCUAACCCUUCAUUUCUCUGGACCUGUUUUCUGGUCUUAAUAUAAACGAGAAUUCUGACCGCACAGUCUGCCAGAUUAAUGUCCUCGUACCCUCAUACGGUUUUUGCGGCCAGUUUGAAACAAGUGAGGGUGGAGACGUAGAAAUCCUGGCUGAAACAUCAACCACAUCCAUCAACCCCCAACCACAACACUGGAGCUCCACCGACUGAAGUUUUCUGACACACAGAUUAUUGCCAACAGCUGCAGUUGUUUCUUUUUUCUCUGGAUGUGUUUGACUCAGAAAGAUGAGGUUAUAAGUCGAGGAACAAUCCCUUUAAAUGACGAGAUCCUCUUUGUUUCAGCAGAGACGUAAAUCUUUCUUAAAGACUCUUGUGUUUGUUUGAGAGAGAAGAACAUGAGCAAGAAUACGGAGAGUAAAUGAGGCACAAGUCGAUGUUUUUCUCUUUCAUCCUGAGAGUUACUUUGCAGCCUUUGACUGCAGAAACAUUUGGUGCUAAUUUACACCUUUUACAUCAUUUAAUAUGGAGUCUGAGUCCCUGAAACUCUUUUCUGAAUUGUCCAUUUCUUUAUAAAUACGUCUUCAUUUAAUCCUGAGUUUGGGUUUCACUGGAGGGAUUAUAUUUGAUGCUGGUCUGAACUCUGUUUCAGAAGUGAAUCCAAAAGAAACAAAUUUAAUCAUUUUCUUUGAAAUCUUCUGGCGUGUGUGUCCGUAUUUUAAAUCCAAGAAAACAGGAUUCAAAUCUUGGCCAUCAGCGGCUUUGACAGAAGUUUACAGGUGUCCAAAUGUCCACGUUUUCAACCUCAGAUAAAAACACUCAGACAGUCUAAAUCUAAAUCUGUGCUUGGCCUCAAAUUCAACCCUUUUUAAUCAGUAAGCCAGUAAAUGAAGCUCUUAUACCUGCUGGGUCAGAGGGAGCCCAAUUAUGGAGAACACACACUCUCUAACUCGCUCUGCUUCAGUCUCGAGUUUCAGUCGGACUCGCUCCAGCACUCGGAGGAGUCUCUGCGAAAAGAAAAUCAGAUUUAAGGAAAACAAAACAAGAGCGAAUCAUUACAUGAUGUUUUUCUGGAGCUCACCUCAGUGAGAGCGUCCUGGGAGAGAUUAAUGCGAGGGUGAGGGAGUUCAGGUGACGUCAUGAUGAGCAUAAAUAGAAAUUAGGAGAAAAUACGGGAACAAAAAACUUCUUUUUAUAACUUUGUUUUCAUAACAGCGUGUGCCUGUGUGGUCUUUGAGUAAUAAUAAUAAUUAAACUCUUAGCUUCAGUCGACAUUUAAACGUGGAGGAAUAUUCAGAUACUUUACUUUUUAUAUCAGGUAGACCUGGAUCAAAUUAAUGUGAAAAACGUUUUUGUUAAGAUUUGGUUUAAGAGACGUUAAAGGGUUGUUUGGGUCGUUCUUAUCCCACUUAUAUUAAUGAGGGUGGAGUCAAUGAUCCGUCUGUUUGACUCAAAACAUCCUCACACCUCUAAAGAGUUAACGUUUCAGUGAGGAGUCCUGAGCUGGUCGAUCCGUUCAUCCCUCUGACUCAGCAUGAGCUCUUCAUCAGGUUCUCUGACUCAGAGUUUAGGGAGAUUCAGGGGUCUCAGAUUGAAGUCAGAAGAGGAGGACACUCUCACAUCUGUCUCCUGACCUCUACCAAAACCUGCCUCCCUUUGCAGCCCUAAAACCGACACCAAGCUCUCCAUCAUGCACACUUACUCUGCUGUGCACUCUCUUUCUGACACAUGAAAACAGAGACGUGUGCUCCAUGCUGAAAAAAGUGAACUAAAGUAUGCAGCCUACCUUUCGCUUAAGUUACAGGACAUUAGUUAAUGGAGAUUUUGAUAAUUCAUGAUGUUAAUGACAACGUGCCGCAUGCAUAAAUACAAUGUUGGGGGUAAUGCACUACAAAGUAACAGAUUACAGUAACAGUGUUAAUUUUUGGGGGAUAACAAAAGUAAAGUAACUCACUACACUAAAAAAAUCUGUAACUUAAUUACUCUACUAAACAAUAGGAACGCACCUUUCUGUGUUACAUCAGCUGUGUUUUUGCUUGAUAUCGAGCCUUUGGACUGUUUCUCCAGCUUGUCUUGACAAAAAGUUGCCUGCGAAGAUGGCGCUUUCCAACCCAACAUGCGUUGCACAAUCAUGUGGCCCUCUGAAAGUCCUAUAGAGAGAUCGAUUUGAACGACGUAGCCGCUGAUGUGAAAGAGGGAUGGAAAUGGAAAGUAUACAUUUAUACAAUCAACAAAACGAUGCGCACGAGGUUCAGUGAUCUUUGUUCAUGUCUCGCUACUUGGUAAAUUAAGAAACGGGAAAGUAAAGUAAUAAGCAGUUACUUUUCUUUUUACUUUUUUUUAAGUUACUUUUCAUGCAAUAACUUGUUUAGUAAUCUCAUUAAAAUUUACAGAAGUAACUAGUUACUAGUAUCAAAUUACUUUUUAUGAGUAAGUACCCCAACACUGCGUAAACAUGCAUCCGUCUAAAUUUGAAAAAGAAGUCACUGAUUGUUGCUGCUGUACUCUGGGAUUGUUUGUUUCAGGGAUUAUAACAAACCAUGCAGUGACAUUAAAUAAACGUCUUAAAUACCCAUGAAUGAGAAGCACUGAUUUUUUUUCCCUGUAAUGUCUCGUUGCAUUAAAAUGAGAAGUCCAGUGCAGGCGUGACGAGUCUGUUCUGGGAUUGGUCUGAGCUCGGCUAAAGUCAUUGUGCUGAACAUGUUAUCGGCUAAAACAAAUGACGUCUCCUCUCGGUUUGAUGGCAGGCUGCCCCGUUUCUGCAGCUGGCUGCCCUGAGAUUUUUCCACUCUGGGCUCAGCGAGUCAAUCAUUCAUCAUUCGCUGUGAUCAGUGUUAAUGCAGCUCUGACUCAGUCCAUUACUCAGCGCUAACAUGAACCUGCUGUGGGGGUUCACAGAGAGACACAGACCUCAGAGAGAGUUUGGUUUGCUUUAAAACUAACUGACGGAUGAACUCGUCUUUUUUUCUCUCUCUUCCUGCAGAAGUGGAAGCCUCGAGGCUCGGCUCUGCAGCAUAUGGUCAGCGGCCUCUGCCUGGACAGUCAGCCCCCGACAGGCCCGCCAGUCAUCACGCAGUGUCGCCCCCAGGUGGCCGGCCAGACCUGGGAGCCGCAAGUGAUCACCUGAGCCAGAGCAGACUGACGGGGGAGGUGGUGAGAGGGGGGUACAGAGUCUGGACCGGGCCUGAUGGAGGACUCAUCAUCCUGGUCUCAUUGAGGGAUGAAGGCGAGAGAACUGAACUUUUUGCGAUGUCAACUUUAAGAUCCUCACUGGAAACGUUUGACGGCCUUUCGGAGCAAACGUGGCGCUCUCUUCGUGUACAGUGCUUCAUCCCAGCAGGAUGCCGCAGCUCUUCUACGUAAUCUAAGCUUUUCACUCGAACCGUUGCACAUCUCACUUUUCAUUUCCGUAUCUCUCCUGGUCGACUUUAGUUUCCGCGCGCAGUAGUAAGGAUUACCUCGAGUGCAAACCGUUCUGUAGCAAACGCGUGGAGGUGCGCCUGACCUACUCUGAGUCAAAGCCACUGCUCGUCAGGGUGCCUAGGAGACUGACAGGUGGACCGGGGCAGCUUUAUGUAUAGCCAACUUUAAUCUGAGCUUUUAUUUUCUCAUGCAGUCUUGAAAGCACCAUGCAAAGCACCGUCAGGAACAUUAUUUAUUGUUUUGCAUGGUCAGACCCAAAGAAUGUUUUUUUUUUUUCUGUUUUUUUCUGUCUCUCUACAAAGUUUAAUGUAAAUAUUGAAGCAGAUAAUGGCCUGGUUUUUGUGUAAAGUAUUCUAUAUGUUGUUUGAAAAAUAAAAUGUGGUCCUAAAAGAAA